AUGCGCAUACAACAAUACACAACCUUCCUACUACCAAUCUACCUAUCCCUCAUCCUACCGAUCACCUCCACCACCGCCAACCAAAGCGAAUAUGUCCGAGCAACAAUCAAAGGCAUCCGUACCCUCGUCCGAGACGACCGCCACCCAUCCCUCUACACAACCGACUACGCAGACUGCCUCGGCAACAGCACCAUCAACAUCACCCGCUUCGACGCAGCAUACUACAAAGACAACAUGACAAUCAUGUUCCAUCUACGCGGAGAGACCGGCUUACAAGACCACGUCAUGCUCAACAUCGCCGUCUUCGCAUACGGCGAGACUCGGUUCUCUCUCACUUUCAACCCGUGUGACGCGAAUAUCUGGAGCGCCUGUCCCGUUCGCCCUGGGACGCCCAUCGAAGCCGCGGGUAUCAUACCCAUUAGCCCGGCCGACGUAGCAGGAAUCCCGGAGCUGGCACUGAGUAUUCCGGACUUUGAGGGCCAGGCUGUGCUCCGGGUGUUUGCGAAUAAGACGGAGAGUGAGAUCGGGUGGUUUGCGGCGGGGAUUACGAAUGGGUGGACGUUUCGACAUCAGUACUGUGUCGGGGCUAUCCUGGGGGGUUUCACGCUGGUAGCGGUUGCUGCGUCGUUUGCUACAGCGGCGUGUGGCGGUGAUGUGCUCGGUAUGCGGAGGCAUUAUGCGCAUUCGAUGUCGGUUUCCGUUGUGGUUUCCGUGUGGCAGUAUAUUUUCUUCAGCGGAGCGCUGGAGAUGGAUUGGCCGAGUGUUCUGGUGGCUUUUUGGAGCAAUCAUGCUUGGGCAGGAGGAAUAAUAUAUUAUGAGCCGAUGCAGAGUAUGAUUGAUGGGUUUAUCGGCUUGAAAGAGGGGGAUGAGGUACGGACUCGUGCUGCUGGUACGACUCAAAGCGACCCGUAUAUUGGUGGAGGAGUCGACAUUCAUCAUAUAUAUGGCCGGGAUACCCUACCUACAGAGCUCGGUUCCCAGAACGCUUUCAAGAAACGUUACUUGAACGAUCUCAACGGCGGAUUCAAGUACGACGGGAAGCAAGUCAAGCCUGGAUUACCACUUCCAGGCGAUUACUCCGGAUUUGCAGGUACACUUGCGACGCAGCAAAUCCCAGUCCGCAAUGCCUUUCUGACCGGACUCCUCUGGUUACUGCUCUUAUCCGGAUGCACCAUUAUCUCCAUUCUCACGCUGAAAGCAACCGUUGAAAUACUAGCCAGUCUCCGCAUCAUACGCGAGAAUCACCUCAAGUACUUUCGCCGUCACUAUCUCGCCUACAUUACCACAACGCUACUACGCAUCCUCUUCAUCAGCUUCUUCGCAAUAAGUUUCCUUUGCAUGUCCCAGUUUCCCUUACCAGCAUCACCGAGGACUGUCGCUGUCACCUAUGUAGUCUUUGUGACUGCGGUGCUUGGGCUCGGUAGCAUUGCUGCGUACGCUUGUUUCUCCAAGUUACGUCUCAAAGGAUAUGUAUUUGAGCCAGAUCGGCUCAACAUAUCGAAGAAUCGAAUACUCAAGAUUAUACCGUGGUACAGUAUCUCGAAGGAUAAUGCGAACCCACCUUUGAGAGAUAGCGUGUGUGUUUGCUCUAUUCCAUGGUGGAGGUUACAUGCUACGACGGACCUGACAUCGAUUCAUUCCGAUGAAGCAUACACCGCAAAGUUUGGAUGGCUUGUAUCUCGUUACAGAAAAGGCCGAUGGUGGUUCUUUGUCGUCUGGCUACUCUACGAAUUCCUCCGAGCCGCUUUCCUUGCUGGGGCUUCCAGCCAACCCACUGUGCAGGUUUUUGGUCUACUGGCAAUCGAGACCGUUGCGUUCGUUACAUUUAUUCUCCUCCGGCCAUUUGAAGGACAACGUCUAAAUGUGAUAGCGGUAUAUCUCCUCGGCUUCAGUAAAGUUACUACUACAGCGCUUUCUGCAGCCUUUCAUCCGCGCUUCGGUAUUGCCCGCAUUCCUGCAACAGUGAUUGGGAUCGCCAUCAUUGUUAUUCAGGGCCUUUUGACUAUUGCAGUCAUAAUACUCAUCCUAAUUGGCGCUAUUUCGAGUUACAUGUCGAUAUCACGAGACCGUACAGAAAUGAAGCCAAAGAGUUGGACAGCAACCCGCGAGAAAUACUUUGAGCACAUAGCUAUUGCAGAGCGAGAUGCUCCGCGAUCGAGAAAACGCCCAAACCCAGAGGAUAUCAUAACUGGUGUCGCGAGAACCCCAUAUUUUGAAGUCAAGCAAGUCAAGCGAGUAGCCAAGAUCGAGGACGAAGACAUCGAAUUUAUGGAUGAAAUCUCCCAAGUCCCUUACCCGUCACAGCCAGUACUACUAUCUCCAAACCGCACUCUAGUCUCAGAUUCGCCGAGAUCUCUGCUACAGCGCAGCAGAACAGGCAGCUUCCAAUCACAAGCCUCACAUUCAAGCUUACUGCCACGAGCGGCCCGCUUGUACCGUGCGAACUGGAGCAUGAACGACCUCAAUGACGCAACAGGAACUAGACGUCACAGGGUCAUGAGCGAUACUAGUCUUGUUUCCCGACUCAGAAGUCCAGAGAAGCUCGAGGGAAAACCAAGUCCCGGUGGGGCUUCGAUGAAGCGAUCGGAUACUCCCGCGCUCUCGUCGUUUGAGCAUGCAAACAGGGGUCGAAUGGAGCAUGUGGAGAGUGUGGCGCUGGGUAGAUUGAAGACGAUCUCCUAA